ACUUAAUGUAUUGCUGAUAAAUAUAAUCACUGGUUUUCCCUACAUUGCUAUUGAUUCAGAAAGCACGUAUAUAUUUUAAUCACUCAGUUGUAGGCACCAGUGUCUUUGAUAAUGGCUCCAAAAUCAGUGUUAUCAGUCAUCGCAGUCGCGUUGGUGAUUGCUGAUGUUAAUUCGUAUGUAACCAAGUCAAAAAAAGUAGUUGGGUUUUCUGAAACCCCUUGGUAUUCCCAAUCAACUUAUCAGCAGCCAAACUAUAAUGGUGAUGAUUCUACAGGAUCUGUGAGUCAUAAUAAUGAUAAUAAUGACAAUUAUUAUGGUGGCCAAUUUGGAUCUGGUUUGGAUAGUAAUGAUCUCGAAAAUAAUGAAAAUGGUGAUGAUUCUACAGGAUCUGUAAGUCGUAAUAAUAAUAAUAAUGACAAUAAUUAUGGUGGCCAAUCUGGAUUUGGUUUGGAUAGUAAUGAUCUCGAAAAUAAUAAAAACGAAGACUAUCCAGAAUAUUGGGUGGUGACAUCGCCAGAUUUUAAUCAUGCAAAAACAAUAGAUAAAGCUGCUUCAAUAUUGAUCGAUCCAUAUAUAAAAAGAUCCUGGAAAAUAACACCUUAUAAUUUUAAUCCAGAUUCUCGUAAACUAUAUAAUUAUGUCGUCAGAUUACCGAACGUUUGGUGGCCGGAAUCGCAUCAGCAAUCCCAACAUUUCACGAAAAACGGCGGGCAAGGAGUGAUAUUCCUUGCCGCUGAUACCAGUCGUGAUGGCUCAAAUCAUCAAUAUACUAAUGCUCGUUAUAGUACAACGUAUGUGGCUCCAACUACUCUAGAAGUUGAUUAUAGCACUCCUGUUAUAUUACUUCUCCAUCCCGACGGACAUUUUGGACUCGUGGUUAAGGUCCGUCCGGCCAGAAGUCGUAACGCCGGAACAAACUUCCGCCCGCGUUAUUGGUCACGUUAAUUUGUUGCAUAAAAAUACUAACAAAUCACUGUAAUACAACGUUAAAUAAAUUUUGA